AUGUGUUCUGAAAUGCCAAAAGAAUUUCAGAAAACAACAGAGGUAUUACCUUUUACUAAAUAUGGCAUAUCUACAGUUGAAGAAUUUAAAAAGGUCGAAAAAGAUAUUCAACAUUUGGAGUGGUUAAAAAAGAUUGGUUUGACGAAUGACGAGAUAAAACUAUAUCAGGAAAAUGAGGCGGGCCUCUUGGAUCAACGUAAAAAGAUUGAAUCUACUGUUUUAAAAUCUAAAUUAGAGGCAUUGUACAAUAAAAUUAAUGAUUUCCAAAAUACAUCAGGAAGUUCUCAAGAGAGUAAGGAUGGACCGAGCACAUCAAGUGUGUCAGAGGAUGAUAUAAUAAACAGAAUACACAAACAUCCUUUAAAAUUUUUCCCUGAGGGUCACCCUAUGAAUGAGCUUAAAAAAAUAGAAGAAGAUUUAUUUGGGCAUUUGAAAAAUGAUAAUCUUAUGCCAAUCACUAAGCGGCGAAAGAUUUUAAGGAGACUUGAGAGAAAGAAAGAAAAAAUAAUAGCUCAACAGAAGGAUCCAGGCAUUGCCCCUGUAGCUGGUCCAUCACAAAUUAAAGCAGGUAGUUUGUGGGAUGUGAAAGAGAAGUCACAAAUAAAACCUAAAUGUCAUCAGGAUAUUAUUGGCCCAAAGAAGCAGACUAUGUAUACAGUGAAAGAGAAUAAAAUUGUAAGGCUAGAGCCAGUGCAACAAGAAAAUGAAGAAUAUCGUGCAGUGGAUAUUGUUGUUCCAAUAAAUCCUGCUGAGGAACAGCUUCUUGAAGGAACAAAGAUGUGCUUAGAUGAUAUUAAAAAGAUUGACAGGUUCAAGGAUUACGAACCAGGGAUACCUUCAAAAGUGCUAUACCUUAAAAACAUAUCUCCAUCUGUACCACAAGAGCAACUCUCCCUGCUGUUCAACCAGUUCCAUUUGGAAAAUGGAGGCCCAGUCAACCUCCGUGUGAUGACUGGGAGAUUAAGAGGACAAGCUUUUGUUACAUUUCAAACUGAAGACCUGGCUAUACAAGCAUUGGAUGAAGUCAAUGGCACCAUUAUGGGAGGUCGCCCUAUAAUAGCGCAGUUCGGGAGAAACAGUAACCGAAUACAAGAAGAAAACAGA